AUGGAUAAAUUGCAUUGCGAGCUAUUGCCCACAAAUAACAGUAUAAGUGUGCUGUUGGGGACAGGCUGGUUUAGCGGGUAUGUUGGCUAUAAGAAGGAACACAAUGUCUACGGUUUGGAUCAGCACUUGUUGUUUGAAUUGCAUAUCCAGUACGAGAACAAUAAGACACAGAUUGUUAAGUCAGACAACACGUGGAAAGUGAGCACCGGUUCCCUCAUGUACUCCGAUCUACUACAGGGAGAGUUGUAUUACGAGAGCCGGGAGGUGAAGGACUGGACAUUACCCGAGUUUGAUGACAGCCACUGGCCAUCAGUGGUGACAAAGCCUAUCGACAAACACGUGGCAAUAGUGGCUGAUAGGGCUGAGCCGGUUCGGGUGACCAAAGAGUUGUCCCCAAAGACUAAAUACGAGAGCAAACCUGGGGUUUGGGUGUUUGACUUCGAGCAGAAUAUGGUCGGUUGGGAUAACGUUCCCCAAGUCAUACAAUGCGAGUCGAGUCCAGUUAAGGCACGCGGAGGCACUAAUAAAUACGAGAGCAAACCUGGGGUUUGGGUGUUUGACUUCGAGCAGAAUAUGGUCGGUUGGGUUAGGAUAACGUUCCCCAAGUCAUACAAUGCGAGUCGAGUCCAGUUAAGGCACGCGGAGGCACUAUACGCCAACGGAACCGUAUAUACAAUGAACUUGCGGACGGCCUUAGCUAUCGAUACCUAUGUGUUGGACAAGGCCAACACCACCUCUAAUAACACAUUUGAGCCCAACUUCACGACACACGGGUUCAGGUACGUUGAGAUUACGGGAUACCCGGGUGAACCACAACUGAAUAGCAUAAAGGGAGUGGUCAUGAAUUCGGACACAGCUUUUGACUCGUAUUUCGAGACGUCCAACGCUAUGGUAAACAAGUUGUACUCAAACAUCCAUUGGGGCCAAAGGGGUAACUUUUUGUCGGUGCCCACCGACUGUCCCCAACGGGACGAGCGGUUGGGAUGGAUGGGCGACGGAGAGGUGUUCGCGCCGACCGCU